CCUCAGAAUCAACAGAGCAAAUCCGAACACCUCUCUCCAGAGUCCUGGAGGCACCGGGGCAGAGCUAAGGAACGAGGGACGGAGAAUCCACAGCCAGCGAGUGCAGAUGUGUACACCGAUCUAGUUCACAGACCGUGGAGAGCCGCACGCCUCGACGAUUUGCCAGCAGUGUGGGGAACAAUUUAAUCAACUCUUCACGGAUUCCUGGCGGUUCCAUAGCGUCCUCGCCACUGCAUAAACAAGCGGAGAAGUUGAAGGAGUCGUCGGCUUCUCGUUUAUGCGCUGGGCUCGAUAAAUAUCAAAUAAAAGACGACUCGGGCCGCCCCGAAAUCAGCGAUUUGGAUUUAUCGACCCGUUUGACCGUUAGGUGAUACUGGCGAGGCCAGCAUCGAGAGUGAGAAACGGGGGAAAUAACAAAUAAUCACCACGCGUCAUCGUUCUACUGUGACUCACUUGGUUUUGUUUUGUAAUUUUUUUCGUCCCUGCCGUUUUUUUGGCGUGUUUCUGGAAUCGCAUAUAAAGAGAAAGGUCUCAAAGAUUCAGACUACAAGGCCAAACAGCUUUAACCUUUACAGAAGAUUCUUACAACAUGUUGUGGUGGUAGCUGAGUGCUUGAAGUGUGUUGCACAGGCUGUGAUAAACAUUCUGUGUUUACACUCAGAAGUCUGUGCAGUAUUGUGUAUAGUGCCGUGAGAACAUUUUGCUCCCAGGGUUUCUUAGAAGAUACUUUUUUCCUGUUUGUGUGUGCGUUUUUGACGGCGAAAACAUCGUCAUAAGAAAAAAAUAACACAUCUUCAUAAUAUCUGUCUGAAGUAAUAUAUAUUCAGUUCAUAAAUCAAAUUGCAUUAUCCUUUUCAUUUCUCGGACUCGUGAAAGAACUAAACAGGUCGACCUCUGUUUGCUAUAUCAUUCAGUAUUGGAUAUCACGUGUCUAAACACGGGACGUCUUGGGAGAAGACGAGGAAAGACAUCUACACAUAAACAGACCACUCAAGUGCGUCUCUAACUCUGUUCACAAUCUAUAGCCCUGAAAAUGUCUCCGUACACAAAAGAUCCAAAGCAGGCCGUGAUUUUUACGUUUCUUUUGUGUCAGUUUUUCCUUGACUUGUGCUGCUGUCAGAGUGAAGAGAGACUAUGGGAACCAUUCAAAGCGAAGAUCGUUGUACACCAUCGCCGGAGACGAUCCGAGACCUUUGAUUUCACACAAGUUAACCAAACCAGGGGGAUAUCAUUCUUGACAAGAGGAUGGGUCGCUACAUCUACCCAGAUACAGACGGCAACAUUCGUAGAAAGCGGGCCACAAUGAGGAGAAGGGAUCGGCUCUGGAAGAAGGGGGAGGUCGUCUACAGGAUGACUAGGAAUAUUAGCCCAGAAGCCAAACGUGUGUUUGAGAGAGCCAUGAACCACAUACAGAAAAGAACGUGCAUUACGUUCAGAGAGAAAAAACCUGAAGACAGGGACUUUAUCCGGUUUAUAAGCGAACCUGGAUGCUGGUCUCAAAUCGGCCGUGUGGGUGGUGUCCAGAUGGUCAGUUUGGGCAGAGGUUGUGAAUCUUUGGGCACAGCCGUGCAUGAAAUAGUUCACGCUCUAGGCAUGUGGCACGAACAGAUCAAAGGUAUCGGCGACAAGCUGGGUCUGAGGAUAGGACAGCGACAAGGCCUGAGCACCAUAGACAUCGCACAACUCCGGGAUAUGUACAAGUGUAACGAGAGGGUGGACUCGGAGGAGUCAGUUUGCCGAGACGGUUUCAAGAAGAUCGCUACCAACUGCUACAAAGUGUUCGCGGAGGAAAAGGCUCAGUUCGGCCCCGCCAAUAGCGCUUGUCAGAAGCUCAACUCUCACUUGGUUGUCAUAGAAACCAAAUCUGAGCAGAAGCGUCUAACUCGCUACCUCAACAAAAAGUUUGAGAACAUCAGGACGUUUAGGACGGCUGGAAGGCGGAAAGCUGCACCACACUGUUUGCCAGGGAAAACCAGGCUGGGGAAAUGUAUUCAAGACGAUUUCGAAGACGGCAGAAACUAUCGAGGAAAUCUUGACCACACAAGGGACGGAUACACGUGCCAGAAGUGGACAGAAAACUAUCCACAUAAUCACAGUCUGGUGGAAGUCAGCAAAAGGGCUGGCCGGUCAGACUCGAAAGAGGACAGGGACGGCCUGGGUGACCACAACAAGUGCCGCAACCCUUCAGGCAUGAGACGCAACCGGCCCUGGUGCUACACUACCAAACGCCGAGAGGAGUGGGGCUACUGUGACAUCAGUAUCUGUCGAGGAUCCAAAGCGGAGGACACAGGGACAAACGGUGCGAGUCAAAAGCGAGUUCGAACAUACAGCGGCCGCAAGCAGUCGUCAUCCUCGUCAUCCACAGCUUCCUUUGGGGCAGCAACUUCAAGAGCGACACACACUCGCAGGAAUAUCAGCCCUUCAUCCUCCGCUUCCACUUCUGCUAAACCUACCAGGCGAAACCGCCCACGAGGAUCGGUGCCACCCUCUGUGACGUCACGUCGUGUCGGCGGAAGCAGAAAGGGAUCUUCCGGUUCAUCUAUUGCUGCCGCUUCUUCUAGAUCAAACUCGAGAAGAUCUUCAGCAGGUUCUAAAAAACCAAAAGCUGAGCGCCGGAGAAAAAAGAAGGGCAACAACUCCAAACGACGUCGUAAAAACAACGCACAAAGUGAUCAGAACAGACGCAAGUAUCGUCGCCGUCAACGAAAAGCCAGCAGGUCCACAAACAAGUCGUAAUUUUAUUCUCCUCUGGGUCACUUGAAGCUGUUUAAUAAUUUUAUCAGCGCUCGUAAGCGAAGCAGUAAACUUUCGGGCCAACAAGGACAGAUAAGUUUCAAUAACAUUGACACGAUAUUGGCCAUUAAAUUUUGUUCUGGGAGAAAGAAACACUUAUAAACAGAUCCAGCACAGGGAAAGAACAGAAGUAGGACCUACCAGUUGUGCGUUCUAACCAUAAGGGCAUUGUUUUCUAAACUAGACAAGGUUUGUGUUUAAAGAGAAGGGCAUAUCGAAACAACAUUGUUGUAACUUUGGACUUUAAGCAAAGAAAACAGUGAGAAAAUAAGGGCAGUUGGGGUGUAAAAUAGUUUGACUACUCAGUGACGUAUGCUACUACUCAGUGACGUAUGCUAGCCUUGAAAGCCAAGUUUCCAUUGUUCUUCAACCGGUACGGUCAGCAAAUAUUCCAACGUGAAUACAAUGGAUCCACUUUCCUUGAAUCUGGUUCAAUUAUAGAGUGUUCUCUAUUCAAGGGAUGCCCUUUGCGACAAUGGGCUUGCAACAUAUUAAAGACAUUCCUUGGUUUGCGCUUUUGCUAUGGAUUUUUCUUACUCUACCCGGUGCGAUUUCUAUACUAACUGCAUGUAGAAGUGGAUAGCAGCUUUUUUUGCCAGGUGUUGUACACAGGCCACGCCUAUAACUUUGGAAAAGUUACUAAUGGUCAACGAAGACAUUGAUCGACUGCUAUUGUAGACGAAAUCUGAAUAAUUUGAUAACAGAUGCCCUUAGACAUGACGUGAUGUUUCUCAUACAUCUGAAAUACGUGUCGUUUUUUCCUCGCCUUAUCUGGCUGCAAAUGAGUGUUUGAAAAUAAAUCAAAACAGAUGGACGUGUGGUGGCUACCAUGAUGGUAGUUCAUCUGGGAACCAUGAUGGCUCAAUGCCAGCCAGGUGAGUUGUUAAAAAGUCGUAUGGGCCAUUGAUCGUGUGUGAUUUCGAUCGAAAGAGGUACAAGACUAUAUAAAACACCUUCAACGUUGAACUUUACCAUCAAAUUUGGGGCGCUUCCAAAGCUCAGUCGGUAUAAUGCUGGACUAUGGAGUGGAUGACCGUGGUUCAAAUCUCAGAUUGGAUGUCUUUGGUCUGGGGUCGUUUUGUGGAAUUUUCAAGGUUCAUCGCCCAUUUGGCUUGUUACUAUCGGGGACGGACGUUAGUUUUGGAGGUUCUGCCUCUUAAAUAAACUAAUAGUGUAUAGAGGAGCGUUAAAACCAUACACUUAUACUCCAUCAAGCUGUCUGUCCGACGUUCCUUCGGUUGUUGUUUGUUUGGGUUGGUGUUUUGUUUUUUCUUGUUUUUUGGGGUGGUGGGGGGGGGGGGGAUCCUUUCUUGGACUUACCUUUGCUACAAGUUUCAUGAACAUUUCUAUCGUUAUUUUUAACUUGUUUUUCCUUUGAAAACGCCUGACUCAUAUGGCGAGCUUGUUUUACUCUAAGCAUGGUUACCACCCAUCGUGUACCUAAAAAAAAGUCUUACUGUCUCAUGGCCCCACAUAUUGAAGGUAUAUUUUUUUACGGGACAUGACUUCAAAAAUGUAGAAAUGUGGACACCUUGAGAAAGAUGAACAAAAAAAAA